AUGUAAUAACUUAUAAUGAUGUUAGAAAAGCUGUCACUACCGAAAAAUCAAACACCAAGAAUGUUGAGUAAAAGUGGAAGGGCGUAUUAUGACCAUGAGAGUCCUAAUUUAAUUAUAUAACCAAAGCAAGAACAAAAUAUGGAGAUAGAGUGUCUGUCCCCAACUAAAUAAUACACAGAUAUCAAACUCCCAUUUUUUAGUUCCCAGACUACCAAUAAAAAAGAACAGACUACAAGAAGAGUGAUUAAAGAUGCUUCACUCAAUAAUAGUUAAUUUACUUCAAAGGAGUCGCAAAUUAAGGCAUCAGAUAAAUCGAAUAUCAAUAAAAUCAGGAAAACAAAUUAUCACCAAAAAUAGGAAAUCAAUCCUUAAUUCCAGGUUUACGAGUUCAAAUAAGAACUCAAAGCUCUAAGAGUAAAAAGAACAGAGUCUUUCGAAUGGUUGUAGGAAGAUUCGCAAGGUUCUGAGGAGUCAUCCUUUAACCAAUUCAAGCAGAUCAACUUAGGCACUUAUUACAUGGAUAACUUAAGGAAGUAUCUCAAGGGAUUAAAUUUGGAAGGGUUGUAUGCCCAACUAUACAUCAAUCACUUUGUUCAACAGUUUCAUAGUCUAUAACUCAGCAAGCAGUUUCUUCAGCCAGACGUUAAGGAAAUAGAGCAUCGUUCCAUACAAUUAUAAUAGAUUAAGAAGCAAAAAACGUUGGUCCUUGAUUUGGAUGAAACACUAAUCCAUUGUAAUGAGUAACCAUAGAUGAAAUUUGAUUUUAAGGUUCCCAUCCAAAUGCCAAAUGGACAGAUUCACGAAGCAGGAAUUAGUGUAAGACCUUUUGCUUAGUAAUUUCUACAGGAAUGCUCAAAACAUUUCGAAGUGAUGAUUUUCACUGCUUCUCAUCCUUUAUAUGCUGACAAGAUUAUUGACAAAUUGGAUCCAACCAAGAAGUGGGUCACUUGUAGAUUAUACAGGGAGCAUUGCAUAUAAACAUAAUAGGGUAUAUAUGUAAAAGAUUUGAGAAUUUUGAACAGAAAUCUCAAGGAUGUUGUUUUGAUUGAUAAUGCUGCUUAUUCUUUCGCUUACUAAAUUGAUAAUGGUAUUCCCAUUAUACCUUAUAUUGAUAACGCAAAGGAUAAUGAAUUAAUUGGUGUUAUUGACUAUCUGAAAGUCUUGCUUUAAAUUGAAGAUGCAAGAGAGAUCAAUGCGAAAACAUUCUUCUUGAAGUAAAUCCAACAAUGUCAAAGUCUUGACGAGGCCAUGAGACUUCUUUUAGUGAUAUGA